AUGAAUCAAUAUAAAAUAGUAGGAGAUUAUCAAAUAUUUUUAAAUCAGAAAUUGGGUUCUGGUGCUAUGUCUGAAGUAUAUUUAGGUGAAAGGAAAACAGAUAAAUUAAAAGUAGCAGUCAAAAUAAUAUCAAAAUAAUAUAUCAAUUCAAGAGAUUAACAUAAUAAGUAUUUAUACAUAAUAAUUGAAAGAUAAAUAAUCAAAAAAAGAAUUAAGAGAGAAAUAACAAUAUAAAGUAGUCUUAAACAUCCAAAUAUUUUAGAAUUGUUUAAUGUUUAAGAAACUCAGAAUUCAAUUUAUUUAUUUAUGGAACUAGCACAUAGCACUUUAGCUUAAUAUUAUACUAAAAGUAAAUUACAUUUUUAAUUCUAUUCCUAGAGAUAGUUAAUUAAGAAGAAAUGAAAAAAAUUAUAACAUAAAUUGUUAAUGCUUUCUUGUAUAUGUCUGAAAUACAAAUUAUUAAUCACUUACAAAAUGAUAAGGUAUAUAAAGGAGUAUGCCAUUUGGAUUUAAAACCUUAAAAUAUUCUUAUUGUUGGAGAUACUAUCAAAAUUUCAGAUUUUGGGUUAUCAACAUCUCUAUAAUAAGAUGAAAAUUAAGAAAUGCAUGAGUCUUUAGAUUAAAUUGACAAUAUACCCUCUAAUAUAGAUUAUUUGGGAUAAGGCAGGUAAUAUCUAUUAUAAAAAAGAGUCUCCUUUAUAUGUCUAUUGAAUAAUUAAAUUAUUAGCCAACAUAAAACUUAUAAAUUUUAGAUGUUUGGAGUGCUGGAAUUAUAUUUUAUGAACUUGCCUUUGGUAAACAUCCUUAUUAUUAAUUUGAUUCAAAUAUUAAAAACCCUAUAGAAUUAUUAUCUUUAUUGAAUUAAGUAGAGUUUACUUAUCCAGAAUCCUAAUUUGAUAAAUAAUUUUAUGAUUUAUUGUAAGGAAUGCUCAAGAAAGAUCAUAAAGAAAGAUUGACAUGGAAAUAAUGUAAAGAACACCCAUUUCUAUAAUGA